GCCGGGCCCAGCGAAGGCGGGCGUGCAGGGAGGGCUGCGGGAGCCGGCCCAGCCGCCGGCCGGCAUGGGGGCCGGGGCUCUGGCCAUACGCCAAAGCAAAUCAGCUGUGAGAUUGAAGGAGGACAUGAAAAAGAUAGCUGUGCUUCCACUCAACAAGCAGAGGGACACAACCUGCCCAAAGGUCUUUGGUGUGAGUCUUCUGGAGCUCCAGCAGCAGGGACUGAGCAAGAAUGGCAUCCCAAUAGUUGUGUGGAAUAUAGUAGAGUACCUCACCCAGCAUGGUAUGACCCAGGAAGGCCUCUUCAGGGUGAACGGCAGCAUGAGGAUAGUGGAGCAACUGCGUCUGCAGUACGAGCGUGGAGAAGAAGUGGAGCUUGUUAAGGAUGGUGAUGUGUACUCAGCAGCCAGCCUGUUGAAAUUGUUUUUGAGAGAGUUGCCAGAUGGGAUUAUCACCUCUGCCUUACAUCCCAGGUUCAUUCAGCUUUACCAGGACACUAGGAAUGACAUGCAGAAGGAGAGCAAUUUGAAAGAGCUCCUUAAAGAACUGCCUGAUGCUCAUUACUGCCUGCUGAAGUAUCUGUGCCAGUUCCUGGUAAAGGUUGCUGAACAUCAUGUAGAGAACAGGAUGAACCUUUGCAAUCUUGCCACUGUGUUUGGACCAAACUGCUUUCACGUGCCCUCUGGAUUUGAAGGUAUAAAAGAACAGGAGAUAUGCAACAAGAUAAUGACAAAAAUGCUGGAAAAUUACAAUACCUUGUUUGAAUUGGAAGGUUUGAAGAAGGAUGAAGAAAAGCCUGUGUGUGAGGAGCUAGCAAGAAUUUUUUUGGUAAAAAUGACAAACUCCACAGUGGAAGGAUCCAGCCAAACGUGCAUAGUGCCACAGCCAGGCCUGUCAGAUGGAGUGCCUCAGGUCAGCCUCCAGUUAACAGACCAUCCUUCAUGUUGGAAGGAGAUGGAUUUAACAGAUGAAAUCUGCUACAUUAACAGUGAUGCAUUUUUCUCCAGCUCCCAAGAAGAUGAGCGGCCUAUGUCACCCUUCUAUGUGAGUGCCCACGUAUCACAAGUCAGUAGUAAUAUUCCUGCUACAGGAGAGUAUUUAGAGAAGACAAUCCGCUCCGCCGUGGAGCAGCAUCUCUUUGAUGUUCAUGGCUCAGGCGGCCAGAGUUCAGAGGACUCUGAAUCGGGAACAUCUUCAGCCUCUUCUAAUAUGUCUGCCAGGCAGAGGAGGCGACACCACAAAGAGCAGGAGGAAGCCCGGAGAAACAGAGACAUGGAAGUCGUCAACAAAGAAAACAUUCCCUCUGGAUUCAGCAAUCUUGAAGACUGUAUUCUAGCUGCUCAAGAAGUAGAAAAGUUACAAGACAACAGCUCUGGAUAUCUUAGUGAAAGGAAUAAACCAAAGCGGCAGAAAUCCAGCACCAAGCUUUCAGAGCUUAAUGACAACCAGGACAGUGCUGUGAGUAUGGAAAGCUUUAGCUCAACCAGGCCUGUAGACAGAACAGGACCUGAUGACAUGGAAAUAUUAUCUGAAGAAAGCAAAGAAAGUGAAAACGAUGAGGUUUUUUUCAGGCAUUCUCAGCUGACAUCAAGUAUGAAGAUUCAAGAGCAUCCAAGUAUUCCUGAAAGCAAGUUGCAAAGAAAUCAAGAUGCUGAUGAUCAGGAAAACAGCUUUGUGUCGGACGUGCCUCGGCUGGAUUUGACAGCACUGUGUGAUGACAGCUGGGAAGAGCCCAUCCCUGCUCUUUCCUCAUGGCAGCGAGACGGCUUAGGCUCAGACGAGGCUCGGCUCUCCCCGCAGGCCGGACGCUUAAUUCGACAGCUUCUGGAUGAGGACAGUGACCCUAUGCUGUCCCCUCGUUUCUAUGCCUAUGGACAGAGCCAGCAGUACCUGGAUGAUACAGAAGUGCCUCCUUCCCCUCCCAAUUCUCACUCCUUCAUGAGGAGGCGAAGUUCAUCUUUGGGGUCCUAUGAAGAUGACCGAGAGGACCUUACCCCUGCACAGCUCACACGGAGGAUUCAGGGACUGAAGAAAAAGAUCAGGAGAUUUGAGGACAAAUUCGAAGAGGAGAGGAAAUACAGGCCUUCCCACAGUGACAAAGCAGCCAACCCAGAAGUGCUUAAAUGGACAAAUGAUUUGGCCAAAUUCCGAAAGCAACUUAAAGAGUCAAAACUGAAGAUAUCAGAGGAAGACCUUGGCCCUGUUGUGCGUCAGAGGAGCAACACGCUCCCCAAGAGCUUUGGCUCUCAACUUGAAAAGGAUGAUGACAAGAAGCAAGAUCUGUCAGAUAAAUCUGCCAAGCCUCCUGUGGAAGCAACCCUUGAUUCCAUCCAGAAGAAGCUUCAAGAAAAGCGAACAGAGUCAAACCGACCUGAAGAUAUUAAGGACAUGACAAGAGAUCAGAUAGCAGCUGAAAAAGUGUCUCUUCAGAAAGCUUUGCUGUAUUAUGAAAGCAUUCAUGGCAGACCGGUUACCAAAAAUGAACGACAGGUGAUGAAGCCGUUGUAUGACAGGUAUCGCUUGGUCAAGCAGAUCCUCUCCAGAGCCAACACCAUCCCUAUCAUUGGUUCCCCCUCCAGCAAGCGGAGAAGCCCUUUGCUGCAGCCAAUUAUCGAGGGCGAAACAGCUUCCUUCUUCAAGGAGAUAAAGGAGGAAGAGGAGGGGUCUGAGGAGGACAGCAAUGUGAAGCCAGAGUUCACAGUGACCAUGAAAACAGAUUUCAGUGUGAGGAGCUUCUUGGAUCAACUUGAAGAUGAUGCUGAUGGUUUUGUUUCCCCAGUGGAUGAUAAGAUGCCAUCCAGGAGCAAUCAGGAUAUGGGGCUUUCAAAUCUCCAUGAAGCAUCCAUCCCUGAACUCUUAGAGCAGCUCCAAGAAGUCAGGGAAGAGAAAAAGCAAAUCAGAAAAAAAUUGAGAGACUUUGAAGAUAAUUUUUUCCGACAAAAUGGAAGGAAUGUGCAGAAAGAAGAUCGUACUCCUAUGGCUGAAGAAUACAAUGAGUACAAGCAGAUCAAGGCCAAGCUGAGGCUGCUGGAGGUCCUGAUCAGUAAAAGAGAUAUUAGCUCCAAGAUCAUGUAAAGAAGAUUGUUUUGCCAAUAAACAAAGAGGAGAGAGCACCAAAUGGACAAAUGCAUGAAUUGGAUGCAGCAGGAGCCUGGCUGGGGAGAGCUGAGGAGCUCCCUGGGAACUGAAGAGCCAUUCCCAGAAGUGGGAGGGGGAGGAAAGGUGACUUUCUGUCACUUGCUGUUGCCCACUCUUGUCUCCAAGCCUGAUAUCAAAAAUGGAGUUUGCAAGUGUGGGAGAGGGAUCCUUCUGUUCUGGUUUGCUUAGAGAUCCUGUAAUGUUUAGAAUAUCAAAGACAGCCACACUAUUUUUUUUUCCCAGGAUAUCACAGCAAGAGGCAAAGUAGGAUGAAUAGUGAUUAAAUCAUCAAAUAGCUUCUACUUUAGUUUACCAUUCAAGUGCCCUGACUGAUCUUAUGUGGAGGCACAGGUCAGAUGGCAUCAAGACUGUUCUCCUGUGGUUACGAUGAAGAUUUGCUCAGACUUUUGACCUGUUUGGAGUCCAGCAUCUUCUUUUGCUCUAGAUAAGUGUUGUAACAAUCUCCUGGUAACCAUCCAGAGCUGGUGUGAGUUAGUUUUGCCUAGAAAACACCUGAGAUGGGUUUUCUUCCUGCUUUUUUAAUGGCCAAUUCGACUGAAGUAGGAAAAAAGAACUUGCAUCUGUUUGGGACAGCAAAGAAAAUGAGCUGUGCAGCAAGGUUCUUGCCUGCUCGUUCUACUUGGAAAGUGAUACUAUAAAAUGAUCAUGUUUAGGCAACUGGGAAGAAAAGAGGUUUUAAAAACCCUUGGGGUAUUGGUAACUGAUGGUUUAAAUGUGUGGUGUCCAGGUAACUGUAAGACCCACCCCAUGAGUGUGUGUGCUUCAUCAUCUGAUACGGAUAUGAGUCUAAGAUGAACAGUCCAUGGGGUCCAUGUGGGGCCAUAUCUACUUGCUUGUUCUUUUAUGUAGCCCAUCAGACAGGCAACACAGGCUGCAGCAGUGCCAGUGUGAUGGUGCUGACAGUGGAUGGUCUCUUCCUGGUGUGUCAGUGGUAUACCAGGGAACUGAAAGCCCAGAGCCCUGCUCUGCCUGUGGGAAGGGUCCGUGUCUCAGGUGCAGGUUUUGACAAUUCAGCAUUUUCAGAUUCAUUUAUGACUUUCAGAAGAGAAGAGUCCUGGGACAUCUGAUCCAGUUGCUCGUGUCAGAGAGGAGCUGCCUGCAGGAGUGAAAGGCAGUGAGUUCAGUAACCCCAGUCAGCUGAGGGCUCUCAGUUUUGCAGUCCUGGGCCAUCUGGGCUCCUUCUCCCACUGCAGGGUCUUGUGUGCACCAGCUUGCUUUGCCCUCAGCCAAGGGCUCAACCCUGAUGUCCCAGGGAGAGCAUUUCUGUGAUGUUUUAAAUUGCAUUGGUCCCUCAGGGAGCUGGUGUGCAGAAGCCAAAUGGCUGAGAUCAAACGCAGUGCCAGGCAUCGAGCCAGGCCUCAGGAGGAGGCAAGAAGAGGACCCCCAGAACAACUUCUCCCCCUUCCUUCUUAAUAAGAGCAAGUGGACUCCCAAAUAGAUACAUUUGGGUUGUGGUAUGCAGGCAUGCACCCUUCCACUUGGUGUAUGUGCUGUGUAUGCCAAAGCUGAUGCUGAGGGUGUUUUGCUCUCUUCAGGACACUUCAAAAAGCAACCUUCUCCUGGUGGGUUUGCUUGUUUGCUGGUCUGGAUGGGUAAGGUGAAAGUACUUAGGAGGGGGUCUCCCAGGCUGUAUUUAUUUUACUGGCAGUACAAUUGCCCUUUCUGUAUAAAAUCAGCAAAGACUGAACUUCAUAUAUCCAAAGAGUCCAAGGGAAUUGUGUGCUGACAUGAGGCUUGGCUUUUCACAGAUGCUGAAGUGAUGUUUCCAUCACUUGAGGGAUGUGGGGCUCUGCCUCUGCAAAACUUAUCUUUUAGCUGACAGACAGGCUCAAAAACUGCUUUUGAAGAUGUUUGACUGGAAGGGAAGCCUGAGCAGGGUAAAUCCCUGUCACAGCACAGGGCAGCCAAGGAAAACAGAGCUGUGCCUUUGUCCUUCUGCCUGCUCUUACGGACUCUCUUCUGAGAGCUCUCCCCUAGUUAUUUUAGAUACAUUGUCUGAGCCAAACUGGCUGCAGUGUCACUAGAGGAGCACGGGAUGAGGAAAGAUGUCAGGUUGUGAAAAAGUCCACAGUGCUGUCUCUGUUGGGUAUGGUUGAGGCCCAGUUCAGUGUGGUGACCGUGUGCCUCAAGCUGCUCUGUCUGUGGAGUUUUGCUGAAUCAGAGUGGACUCAAUCUUGGGCACUUUGCUGAAUCUGGGUCUGGAUAUCUUUAUGUGGGCAAGAGAAGCAGUUUCUUCCCUUUCUUCUUAGUUGUACAUUUUUCCAGUGGGCCAAGGCUUACCAGGAGUAUGAUUUCUCUGCUUAUUUUUAAAAGCCUGUUUUGCACUGUGUUCUGAUAAAUUAUCUGUUUUGCUGGGUUUUGCCCCUGACAAAUCUCCAUAAAUGAUAUGUAGGGAACAGUCCAUUUUAUUUUUAAACUGAUGAGAUUGUAGCAUUUUCUGAUGCUUAGUUACCGCUGUUUACAUGGUAUAUUGCUAGAAUUUCAGAUAGUUUAUAUGAAAUGUAAGUACAAUUAUGCACUUUAGAGAGUUUAUAUUUUUGAACUUUGAAAGCUAAAAGUAACAAAACCUGUUAACUGAGAUUGUACAUUAAAAGAAAAAAAAACCAACAUGCCUAGCUAUCUCUCUUUUUAAACUGUUGAAGUCUUUUCCUGUGCCAAAAAAAAAGAAAAAACCCAACAAACCAACCUACCUAGCUGAGAAGGGAACUGCAAGGAAGGACCAUCAUAGAGAGGGAGUGAAUUUUAAAAUUCCAGUCCUGGAAAGGCAGGUACAAAUGCUCAACUUUCUGCCCUGGGUUUGCAGAUGCUGUGACUCCCCUCUCCCAAGCCUGCACAGGAGGAGGUCUCCCAAGGCCUGAGCACUAAAAUGUUGUCUUUGUGUCUCCCACAGAUUAUUUGACUUUGACUUCCCACUAACCACAAAUAGCCAGAAAUGAUGUUUGUCCUGCCACCCUCCCCUAAGUUAAUCCAAGGAACAUUUGUGUGUUUUGUUUGAUGAUUUCUCUAUGCCAAUGUCAAUGACGACUGGAGAACAUUAAAUACAAGGCUGUGGUUUUAAAAGGUGUGAAGUACUGUACAAAAAUCUGCUUUAUGUGAUAUAAAUAAGCCGUUGGUAUAAGACAACCUGUUUUCAUGUCACUAAAACAAGCUGUCUGCUGUAGGAUGGCAGCAGAGUCUGUUGGGCUUCCCAUCCACUGGGGCCAUUUCAGACACGUGUGUCUGUGUGUUACCACGUGGUGGUACAAUAAAUCAUUGCAGUUUGUUUAAAUUAUGAUGAUGAAUGGGUCGUGGAAAAAAGAAGAUUGAAAGAGUCAGAGGAAAAACUUGUUAUUCUUACAAGUUACAUUUGAUUUUUAUUUUGUUUACUCUUGGGUAAAGAGUGGGAUACUGGAUGUUUAUGUUAAAGGCAGUGCAAUUAAAGCAUGGUAUCUUUUCA